AUGAACACCAAAGCAAGUUGUCGACCCGGUGGUGGAUGUCGUCUCUUGGGCGUUGCGCUUGUAGUGGACGACAUUAGUAAAGGAUGUAAUUUAGCCUUUCGAUAUCCUUCUCCUCCCUUGGAAAACGCAUCGAGUUUUCACACCCUUCCAGCGCCUUUAUUGGCCAAACUCUUUCGACCGAAAAACGCUUUAUGCAAUGCCAGUUUCGAACUGGUAGUGGACGAUUUGCGCUUUGUGAGUCAUCCUGUACUAGUAUCGCAUCGUCUGCCGGCUGCAGUACCAGUAGAUGGGUCGGGAAAGGCUUCAACAGCCUGUAAUGGAUCAAUAUCGGCUUCAAGUGCAUCGCCUACAGUUAUAGAGCAAUCUUCUAAUGGCUCGACGGGGAACGAAACGACCAUGUUUAACGUCAUUUUUGCACUGGAAGAUCGUCCUUUACAACGAUCAAGAAGUACAGAAGCUCUGGAUGGGGCAAUUGAUACCCAAUUGCUGCCUCUACAGCAAGCAGACGAGGAGGAACUUCUUGCUAGAAGAAGAAGCAGUGCUCAAGCUUUUCAUACAGUAGCAGCACAGCUGUCCAAUGGUCUUUUACACGAGGAACUUCGUGUUCGUUUUGUGUCAAAAGAAGUGAGAGAGUUGCUACAAUUGAGAGAUGAACUGGCACAAAGUGAACGCAAUGCAGGAAACAAUAAUACCGGCAUUUUAAAUGGUACCAGUGGAUCGAGUAUGAGUGCUGCAGCUGCAGCAGGUACAACGAGUGGUAACAGUAUGUCAAGUAAUGCUGGAGGAGGUGGCACUGGAACCAAUGGAGCGAGUCUAUUGCACCACCAUCAUCAUAGGAAGGACGGGGAGAGUGGGUCGACGACUGUGAAUGUCGAUCCGCAGACUUUGAUUGAUGUUUCAUUGGGAAAAAGUGUGCUGGCAAAUGAUUUAAAGCGAGUAUUUCAUGGACUGGAAGAAUCUGGAGCUGCGCACGUUGUGUUAAAUGGAUGGGUGAAAUUAUCGCUGACACUUACGGAUGCUGUUACGAUUAGGAUGGCAAGUUUGCGUCCGUACCAUACACUUCUGCUACUAUCCGACAAGAGUAAUAUUCUGAAUAAGCUGCCUGCAGAUCAUGCACGACAACUCCGAGACUUGGUGGAGGCUGUGAAUCCGCUAAAGAGUUUCCAAGAUAUUGCCUUGGAGACUGGCGUGCCUAUUCACCAAGUGUUUCGUCUAUCAGCACAUCUUGUUUAUUGGGGGUUUGGGCGUAUUGUGGACGCAAUCACAUUGUACAAUAUUUAUCAGGUCAAUACGAAAGCAGAUCUGCACAUUGCGUCGCCGCAGGCGUUGGAGUUCCGGCGAAAGUUCACGCCCUACGAGAUAGGAGAGGUGUUAUCGACGUUUUCUGGUACGCGUCGCAUUGGUGAAUACAUGAAGACUUUGUCUACAUCAAAAAAGAAUGAGUACAUCCAUAUGUUGAUCUGGCUGCUUCAGCAACGAUUUAUUGUACAGCUCCACCGCUACAUCUACUUUAUGAUUCCGUCGGAUGGAGAAUAUGCAGCUGAGCUUGGCAAUGGAGGCGCAUCUUCUAUCGGAAGUUCUUCUCCUGCAUUGACGGCUUCCAGCUUUCGUCGCCAACGGGUCAAUAGUAGUGUUACGAAUACAAGCGUACUUGGAAGCGUGCCAAUAGCUCCAACACCACCUAUGAAUCCAGCUUGUUUGGCGUUACCGUCGCCUCCAACGGCACCGUUGGAUGGAAGUCGUACAGCAGAACGAUACGGAGGUAGCACUGUGCCGAUGGCGCAAGUUGUGAGCGUAGCUAGCCGAUUGCUGUUCACAGACAGGGAGCGUGCGUAUUUGGCCAAAAUUGCCAAACCCAACCCAGUGUUCACGCUUUUUAAACGGCUAUGUGUGUAUUUUCACGGAGAGCACCAUAUCGAAGAGAUAAUGUGGCGCGAGAAUUUAUCUCGUGGCGAGCUUCGCACCGUUAUGAGCACGUAUCAGGACAUCAUCGUCUGCUGUCUUCAUGAGUGA